UCAUCUUUAUCUACACUUUUGUCAAUAGUUUUAUGCUAUAUAUAAAGUUUUGUCGAGACCCUACCGAAAGCAAUUAGCUUUUUCUUUUCGUGUGGUAUCUUUAAUAUAGUGCUAGACACACUGUAAUAGAUGGAUUUGUGUUUGCUUUUGUCUUUCCCAACUCCAUGGAGAUUGCUGGAUUUUUGUUAGACACUGUCAUUUCGUCGAGCACCUUGUGUCCCAGGUAAAGCGGUGAUCUUUAGAGUCUAGCUGAUGAUACCCCUGGCCAGAUGACGUCUUGGUUAUGUUCCCCACAUCACUAGGAAUCGAUUUGCACUGAUUUUGGUGCAACUGGAUAGCUGAUACUCCCUUUCCAUUCAGGUCUGCGACGGCGCCGAUUUGCAGAAAAUUGGAGAUUCCUACGGUUGAAUUGUGUGAAUUUCGGUGAAGAUGUGUGUUGAAUGACGGAGAUGUACUGGUUUUAUGGGUAUGGCUCGUCUCUCCCACAGCUUGAAGCAGGGGAGAGGGCAGCGCAUCCAUGGCAGCCUAUUCUACAACAUGUCACCCUAGAGAGAGGACAGAGCGUUUAGUGUUUGAAAAACGAGGGUUUGGAGUUUUUUUGCAGAUCUUUUACUUUUUUAAUCUUAUAUUUGAUUGAUAACUGGGUAUUUGUUUUAUGGGCUAAUGGGUUAUUGGAGCAGGCUUGAGAGAGUUCUGCUUAUGUGGAUGCCAUGUCAGCUAAUUAAUGCCUUUGAGAAGGCUUAUGUGGACAGCCGUUAAAAUGAAGGUAUUAUUGGUCCAGUUUGCUAACGUGAGGGACAUUAAUGGCCCAGUUUGCUAACGGACGACAAAAUUGAGCUAUAUCCAAUAGUUUAAGUAUAUUAUUGGACCUUUUCCGAUAUUUGUUGAUGUCUUCCAAAUAUUAAAACAGUGACAAAGAAAGAAAGAAUGUCGAAUAAUGAGCUGUAAUGGCAGAAAAAUCGUAGCUUUCAUCAAAUCUGGAACAUCAGUUCACAUCCCAGACGCCUUAAAUCUUGCUCACAAACUCUCUCGAUAAAAUUUUUCUUGGAGUCAGCAGCUAAUUCUAGGAAUCGGUGUACAUUUGGGGAAUAAACAGCUCUUGUAGUUAGAAACCAAUUCUAGAUGGACGAGCCUGGUCCAUUGGAGCUUCUGAAUCAAUUAGAGGGCAUAUUGGGGUCCGAUCCUCUGAUAGAUGAAAUAGGGUUCAUUCACCCAUCCCAGUUUGCUGCACUGAAUGAAGAUAUUGGGACUCCUUCAACAUCUGUUGGUUCUGUGCCAAAUUCAAGUUUUGAGACAAUUUUCUGGGCUAGGGAUCACAAGCUGGGCAUCUCAACUAGGGUUCUCUUUCCACUUUAUGUUGCGGCUAAAAGUGCAUUUGCGGAUGCAUAUAAAAAUUAUAAAGUGCACCAUAGCAUUUACAAUGAGAGAGAUGAUAAAAAUUCUUCAACCUGUCCCUCAUCUUCUCCACUUAGUCUCGAAAGUGAACUGAUGAAGCACAGCAGGGCACUUUUGCUUCUAAGUAGUGAUUUUGGCACAGCGUGGAAUUCCAGGAAGCUAGUUCUGUCAAAGAAGCAAUCUCUUUCCAUGUUCAUGAAUGAGCUUAUCUUUUCAUCUGCGGUUCUCUCGCAUUCACCUAAAAGUGAACAAACAUGGAGCCAAAGGAGGUGGGUGAUCAAGAUGCUUGCUGGAAAUUGUUCAAAUCUGCAAGAGAUUAUGGAAAGAGAAUCCGAGUUAGUGAAAAAACUGGCUGAGAGAUCAAAAAUGAACUAUCGUGCAUGGAAUCACCGUUGCUGGUUAGUUUCCUACAUGUCAGGGGAACAGGUGCUACAGGAGUUUAACAAGUCACGGCAGUGGGCUGACCUCCAUAUUGCCGAUAACUCUUGCUUUCAUUACCGUGCACGAUUGAUGCUUCGUCUGUUUGAAGAUUCACAACAUAACAAGGAUCAAGAUGCUAGCUUUGAUCCAAAACUCCAUGAAUUGUUGAAGGAGGAGUUCAACUGGGUGGAGAAGUUGAUAAAACGCUAUGUGGGGAGAGAGGCAUUGUGGCUUCAUCGUCGCUUCCUCUUGACAUGCUGGAUAAAAUAUUUUGUGCGCGGUGAUCAUGAUAGAUCCUUGUCUUCUAACCAGAGAAACAUCAGGACAGUUGACAUUGACAUGCUCAUAGAUAAUGAAUUAGAACUAUUCCGUUCCUGCACAAAUGUACCUGAUAGUGACUUUGCGGACUAUCAAGCUCAAGCAACAUUUGCUGCAACUUAUAUGAUGUGGCUCAAAAAGCAACUGUCGAUGACUCUGUCAAUGGAUAUUCAAAAGGUGGGAACGAGCAGGUUGAAGUCAGUCCUAACUAAUGCAUACCCAGAAAAGAGCUUCCUUUGGAAUUCUUUGCUUGAGCUAUGUGAAAGCCCAUAGCCUUCUAAUAAGAGAAGAUGAGGAAACUAUAGCAACGUUGUCGUCUCUACUUCAUGGAUUUAAAAUCCUGGUGUUGCUUCAUAUUUGUUUCAACUUUA